AUAUUUCAUGUUUGUUAAAAAACAGCGCUGCUCUUCCUUUGGUAACCAUGGCUCCUGCAAAGGCGAAAUCCACGGGCAAGAAGAAGCCUUCUGCUGAGAAGAAGAAGGCUGAGGCUCCCAUUGCAGAGGUUCCUGCAGAGCCUCCCAAGCCAGCUGAGCCCAAGAAAGUACAGGCUCAGAAGCCUACUAACAAGAAUGCUAAGAAGGGGGCUGUUAAGAAGGCACUUUCUGCCCAGAAGAGGAUCAUCAAGGGCCCUCAUGGAACAAGGGUGCGGAAAAUCCGGACUUCAGUGAAAUGGAGGACUCCCAAGACUCUGAAGAUGCCCAAGAAUCCUAAAUAUCCGCAGAGAUCUGUUCCUCGGAGAAACAGGAUGGACGCGCACGCCAUCAUCAAGCACCCGAUGACGACUGAAGCGUCGAUGAAGAAGAUCGAGGACAACAACACGCUCGUCUUCCUGACGCACCUGCGCGCCACCAAGCGCCAGGUCCGCUCGGCCGUCAAGAAGCUGUACGACAUCGAGGUCGCCAAGGUGAACACCCUGAUCCGGCCUGACGGCCAGAAGAAGGCGUACGUCCGACUGGCUGCCGACUACGACGCGCUCGACGUGGCCAACAAGAUCGGAAUCAUAUAGGUGGCUGUAUGUGCGUGGGGGAACAAUACAUGGACGACCAUGGU